AUGGAGCAAAUCUUGCACAGGAUGGAACUUGGGUUUAAUAAAAUUGAAGAUUCACAGAGUUCUCGCUUUGUUGGUCACUCUGCAAGCACCGGUGUGGAGAACCUCAUCUCUGCCAUGGAGUCAGGACCUCCAGCCAGCACCAAUGAGGAGCUUGCACGUGUGGAGGUGGGGCUGUGGGGAAGCCCCCAGAGGCCCGAGGGGGCGAGGCUCAGGCCCUUUUUUGGACCGGACCGCCUGAGGGAAGGAGGCGACAGCGUGCAGCUGCAGGGCAAGGUUGUGGGCCCAGAGCCGCUGGUGCGGAUGCCCUUUGGGGACCCUGUGUCCCUGAGGGGCCAUCGCUGGCGGGCUGACGCCUGGCUAGAAAGUCGCCCAGAGUUAGAAGUGGCCUUGGGGGUGGGAGCUGGGCUUCAGAAUCUGGGGAACACCUGCUACAUGAAUGCGGCGCUGCAGUGUCUGAGCCACACGCCGCCCCUGGCCAGCUGGAUGGUGUCCCAGCCGCACGCCACCCUCUGUCCGGCCCGCAGCGCCUGCACGCUCUGUGCCAUGCGAGCUUACGUGACCCGAGCCCUCCUUCACGCGGGAGAGGUGAUCCGGCCCUGCAAGGAUCUGCUGGCAGGCUUCCACAGACACCAGCAGGAAGAUGCCCAUGAGUUUCUGAUGUUCACUCUGAAUGCCAUGCAGCAAGGGUGCUUGAGUGCAUCCCAGCCGUCGGGCCAUGCCUCCGAGGACACCACCGUCAUCCGUCAGAUCUUCGGCGGGACGUGGAGGUCUCAGAUCCAGUGUCUCCACUGCCUCGGUGUCUCGGACACGUUCGACCCUUAUCUGGACAUCAGCCUGGAUAUCACGGCGGCUCAGAGUGUGGAGCAAGCUCUGAGCGAGCUGGUGAAGCCCGAGAAGCUGGACGCGGACAAUGCCUAUGACUGCGGCGUCUGUCUCCGGAAGGUGCCUGCCACCAAGAGGUUGACUUUGCACAGCACCUCCCAGGUCCUGGUGCUGGUGCUGAAGCGGUUCACACCGGUGAGCGGGGCCAAAAGGGCUCAGGAGGUGCGUUAUCCCCAGUGCCUGGACGUGCAGCCCUACACAUCUGAGCGGAAGGCAGGGCCACUGGGCUACGUGCUCUAUGCCGUGCUGGUGCACUCCGGGUGGAGCUGUGAGCGAGGACACUACUUCUGUUACAUCCGAGCGGGCAACGGCCAAUGGCAUAAGAUGGACGAUGCCAAGGUGACCGCCUGUGACGAGACCGCUGCCCUGAGCCAGAGCGCCUACGUCCUGUUCUAUAGCUGGGAGGGUGUGUGGGAAGGGGGCCCUGGGGGAGGGCCAGCGGCUCCCGUCGGGGCUGACCCCACAGACCCUGGGCAGCCUGCAGGAGAUGCCAGCGGCAGAGCUGCUGGGUCGGAGGAGUCCCUGGGGGACACAGAGGUCGAAGGGAUGAGCUUAGAGCAGUGGAGACGCCUGCAAGAACACAACCGACCGAAGCCGGCCUUGGAGCUGCGGAAGGUCCAGUCUGCCCUGCCUGCCGGUGCAGUCGUGAUUCACCAGUCCAAACACGGAGGAGGGAGAAACCGCACGCCGCCCCAACAGGAGCACGAGCUGCUCGACCGUUCCAGCACGGAAACCCCGCCUCCGGGUCCGACGAACAUCAUCAAUGGCCCUUGUGCCAGUGGGAGGGCCAGAGGAACCAAGGGGUGUGCAUGA